AUGUUUGCAGCUGAGAAUGGUUUAAGGGGUGACCCAAGAUUGAAGGCCAUUUCUGAUUCCAUUAGUGUUGUGCCCAAUUUUCCUAAACCAGGGAUUAUGUUUCAAGACAUCACGACCCUUGUCUCAAAUCACAAAGCCUUCAAGCAUACUGUAGAUAUCUUUGUCGAUAGAUACAAGGACAUGGGGAUCUCUGUUGUUGCCGGAGUUGAAGCCAGAGGUUUCAUAUUUGCUCCUCCUAUUGCUUUGGCUAUUGGUGCCAAAUUCAUUCCUCUGCGUAAGCCCGGGAAGCUUCCAGGUGAAGUUAUUUCCGAAUCAUAUGAGCUCGAGUAUGGUCAUGAUUGUUUGCAAAUGCAUGUGGGAGCGCUUGUAAAAGGAGAACGAGCAUUGGUUAUUGAUGAUUUGGUGGCUACGGGAGGGACUUUGUCUGCCGCCAUUAAGCUUUUGGAACGUCAAGGUGCUGAGGUUGUCGAGUGUGCAUGCGUUAUUGGAUUGCCAGAGCUUAAGGAGCGACAAAUUUUGAAUGGAAAACCACUGUAUGUCUUGGUGGAGCCUCGCCAAUAG